AUGUUGUUAAGAUUACAGAAAAAUAACUUCACCUACAAGCAUAAGCCGGGCAAGGAUCUUGUGGUAGCGGACACUCUAUCACGGGCACCACUUCCAACUACAGAUUCAGAGUUAGAGAAAGAAAUAUCUUGCUAUGUUCACAUGGUGAUGUCCAAUCUUCCUGCAACAGAUAACAUGAUGGCAAGACUCAGGAUGGCCACAGAAGAAGUUGAAUCACUACGGCAGCUGAAGAAGACCGCUAUGAGCGGGUGCAUGGCCAGAUACGAAACGAGAAACACCAAUCAAAAUUAGGGAGUAUUGGCAUUGUAGAGAGGAAAUUUCAGAGAUUGAUGGAAUUAUUUUGAAGAAUGAAAAGAUCAUCAUCCCAAGGUCCUUUCGACCAUAAAUGUUGGAAAAGAUUCAUGCUGGACACAUGGGAACCGAAAAAUGCAAGAAACGUGCACGGGCUGUUCUGUAUUGGCCAGGGAUGAAUUAACAGAUAGAAGAAAUGGUUUUGAAAUGUCCUACCUGUCUAGAAUAUUGACCAUCAAACCAGAAAGAGCCCAUGAUUGUUCAACCAAUUCCCACGAUUCCAUGGGAUACUGUCGCCACUGAUUUGUUCUACUGGAACAAUUCAAACUAUCUAUUAGCUGCGGACUAUUUUUCACGUUAUUUUGAGAUUGCAAAGUUGCCAGAUAUUAAGAGCAGACCUUGUUACUUACACGAAAUCUAUAUUCGCCAGACACAGGAUUCCAAGAGAAGUAAAGAGUGAUAAUGGUCCGCAGUACACAUCACAAGAAUUUGGAAAGUUUGCGCAAGAGUGGAAUAUUCAACACACGACGACCAGUCCAUACCAUCCACAAGCGAAUGGUCUAGCUGAAAGAUCGGUGCAGACUGUCAAAAACUUAUUAAAUAAAGCAAACAGAGAUGGAAGAGAUCCUUACGUUAGUAUUUUAGAAUAUCGAAAUACACCCAUUGAUCAGGUUGCUUCACCAGCGCAAUUACUGAUGAGCAGAAGAUUAAGAUCUGUUGUUCCCACAACGAAGUCUCUGUUGCAACCUAAAGUCAUUGAUGAAGAUCUAGCGAGUUCGAAGUUAAUAAUUAAGAAAACGUUCAGAAACUGUAUUAUGACCGAGGCUCCAAAGAACUUCCUACAAUAUCACAACGCGAGCAAGUUGGCAUAUAAAGCAAGGGAAAAUAUGGAAUCCAGCUGUGGUAACUAGUCAAACACACACACCAAGGUAAUAUCGUGCAAAGUCCAGAUGGAAGCACUUACAGAAGAAACAGGAAACACAUCCUCAAGACGAAAGAAGGAAAUUCACAGUCAUUUGGAAAAGAAGAUUGUGAUGAUCCCAUUAGUCAAAACAAUGAAGAGAAUGCAGUUGGUACAGAACCAGAAAAUGAUGGUGAUAAUGCAGUAUCUACAGAAGAAACAUCAGAGGAACAAUUACCGGUAACACUUGAAAAAAAAUAUAGUGCAUCUCCACUAAAGACUAGCUAG